CUGCCGCUCCUCCUAAGGGAAGUAGCGCCGCCAUUUUCUCUGGCGGACUAAAGUGAGUGUCGCGGCCGUGCGUGGGGGUAAACGAGUUUAGUUAAGCUCUAACGUUGCCGAUCAGGCCUCGCAAGCACAUCUCAACAGUCAAACUUCAUUCUGUUCCGUUCGAAAGCUUAAACUAAAAUGAGUGGCUGUCGGGUCUUCGUUGGACGUCUAAGUCCACAUGCUCGGGAGCGAGAUGUGGAGAAAUUUUUCAAGGGAUAUGGCCGUAUACGUGAAAUCAAUCUGAAAAAUGGCUUUGGUUUUGUGGAAUUCGAGGAUCACAGAGAUGCAGAUGAUGCUGUUUAUGAACUGAAUGGUAAAGAACUGUGUAAUGAAAGGGUUACAAUUGAACAUGCCAGAGCCCGAAGAGGGGGUAGAGGCAGAUAUCCGCAACGGUUCAAUUAUUACCAAUCCUAUGGGGGUGGAUCUAGCCAGUAUGGUCCGCCUCUUCGUACUGAACACAGGCUUAUAGUUGAAAAUCUUUCUUCACGCGUUAGCUGGCAGGAUUUGAAAGACUUCAUGAGAAAGGCUGGAGAAGUUACUUUUGUAGAUGCUCACAGAAACAAUCCAAAUGAAGGUGUGGUGGAGUUUGCAUCAUCUAGUGACAUGAAGAGUGCAUUGGACAAGUUGGAUGGCAGUGAGUUGAAUGGACGCAGAAUUAAACUAAUUGAAGAUCGCAAAAGGCGCAGAAGCAGGUCCCGUUCACGAAGUUACUCACGAUCUCGCAGCAAGUCUAGAUCUGCAAGAUCUUCCAAGUCGACCAGCAAGUCUCGUUCUCGAAGCCGCACACCUGAAAAGAGGGGCUCUCGAAGCCGUACACCUGAAAGGAAGGGCUCUGAGAAAAACCACCACUCUGGCCCACAGAAUUCCUCUCCGUCUCCUCCCCCAGCCAAGAAGAGGUCUCGGUCUAGAUCAAGCUCUGCUGAAAGCCGCAGUUAAGGUAUUUUGGGAGGUGUAUAAAUAUUUCAUUUCUAAGUAAAAUUUUCUACAAGCCUGAAUAAGAUGCAAAUAGGGUGGGGCGGGAUAAUUCAUCAGGUGAGCAUAGACCUCUGAAGAGUGGAUGUAAACUUGCCCUCUUAAUAGAGUUAGGUAAAUUGUAACCAAUAAUAAAAAAAUUUAAAUCGUCAAAUUAUAAUUACCCACAUGUACUAUGUACUUCUGUAGGUGAAGCCUUACUGACUAAAGCAGCGCAGAUUGGAGUUUUGUCCUUGUUGUUGAAUGUGAUGAACUUAAGACAUGGACUGUGGUGCCACUUUUCAGAGUCCUUUGGCUGUGCUUCUUGUUUGCACAUAGAUUAUCUUCUAGUUAGCAUCAAGUAAACCACCAUGGACAGUUCAGCUAUUACCAUGCAGUUUUGAGAAGCCCCAUGUACCUUGUCAAUGUACAGUUACUCUCCUGUGCACUACUAAAGGGUAUCUGGAUUGUGAAUGAAUAAUUUUGUUUAUUCUUAACUAGUAUUUACAUGAAGAGUAGCAAAGUGGGGAAUGUGUUUAAUAUGUUAUCUGGUUAAGCAGAUUCUGCUGCAAAUUUUUAAAUGCUACUUUAGAAUAAACCCUGGUCAAUAAGUGCAUCUUCUGCAUCAAGUUCCAUCUGGAUAGGGUGCAAAGUUUCACAACUCACUUCAUGAUAUAAAGAAAUGAUUCAGACAGAACAGAGACUUCAAUACAGCAGCUUAGAAUAUUUAGCCUGCUGUCUUGAGGGCCUCAUUUUACAGGGAAGUCCUUUAGAAAUUAAAAAUACACCAGUUUUACUGAAAUUUCAAGUUUUUUAUUUUAAUAUUGCAGAGAACAUUGUUUCUAUAUGGCUGCCAGAGUGCGACACUAAAUACUGCAGGUACAUGUGGUAUCAGAAGCAGUAAAUUGUCAAAUUAAAUAGGGGAGGAUUGUUUUCAAACUGUCAAGACAAUUUCCAGUAAAGCUUUAAUGUGAUGUGAAUUUAUUAAUGCUAAAGUGUAAAAGGGCAUUUUCCUUAGGUUUACAAAACAUGAUUUUGAUUUUGUUAGUAAAUAGUACUCUGUUAAUCUUUAACAACUUUGUGAUCACUAAACUAUCUGGCUUCCACAUAACUUAAUGAGGGAAUCUGCUUGAAAUAUUUGUAAACUGAACCCUAAAAUGUUUAAAUGUAUUGAUGUGGUACAGUAAAUACAAUAAAUGUUUCUCCCCUGCUUACUGCAGCUUCAGCGGCCUUCUUGUGUUGCUCAUUAAAGCUAAGUUUGUAAACUUUCUUCUUUGUUAGCAACAGUUUUAUUUUCAAUAAAAUUGAUACAUAAUGAAA